ACAGAUUUUAGUCUUUAUCGAAAUUUCGUGUUUAUCAGAACAAGUAUUCUCCUUUUGGCAAAGCUAAAACAAAUUUUUACUCAAAAUUCGAAAAUUUAAAAUACUGGACUAGCACAUUUUAAUAAAAUGGCGCUUCGUCUUACAGCUGAAGCUUUCCGAAGGCGCGCUCCUUUAUUACUCGUGCCAAAGUUGCAACCACCACCGUCCACCCGCACUUUAUUAGUUAGGAAGAACCUGGUACCUUUUCUAGAUGACGAUCCCUGUGUGUUCUCGAAGAAGGCCGUUAUGCAUCAUUGGGGGGUGCUCCCCAUUUUGGUCAUAUCAGGAGUUGGUUUGUUCUUCAAAAUUGCCGCCAUGAUCAGGCUGGGCCUGACCAAGGACGAUGUCUGGUUUACUAAGGACUCGGCGCAUUACGAGUACUUCGAAUCGCGCCAAGGACCUUGGUAUAAACACAGGAGCCGCAAGUGGGGUGGCCGUGACUACUAUGAAAUGCCACCCGGGGCGAUCUUGGCCAGGCAAGGCGAUGUCAAUGGCCCGUCAUUUGAAAAGGAUGACAAGAAAAAAAUAAACUUCGCCCGGAUUGGAGGUGGUCAGAUUAGCCUAGAAGCAAUGUACUUCAUAGAAUUGACCAUACGGCUACCAUCUUGCCGUCUGGCUCUGAGGUUCCGGAUACGCUAAGAACGAUUCCCUACUACAUGCUGAGAAAAGAGUUUUAUAUAUGGAAUACUUUCCAUCUUUAUAGUGAGACUUCCUGGUGCACACUCCAAAAUUUUCAAAUUGGCAAGGAGAAGAUCGUUCUUUUCUAUUAAAGCUUUAUUCGUGAAAAAUUAUAUCAAAGUGUAUUUAUUAAAAUUAAAAUAAUUGCUAGUUGCAAGCGAA